ACAAAUGUUCUGCCAAGUUACUGAGCGUGUCUCUGUUUGUGUUGGUGGGCUGAGGGCAAUUUACGUGCAGUUCCAAACGUCUUGGUUAGGAUGCUGAAUGAUAUGAUACCAUCAGGAGUACUAGCAGUAGUAACAGGUGCUUGUCUGAGGUCAUAGGCGUCGGUGUCGCACUUUAUUAGUCCUUCUGCACACCUCCAUAGUAAAAAUUGACUAGGAGUUGGACUCCCGGUUUCAUCAAUUACUUUCAACUCCUGUGCCUUUUUUCUGUUUCACCCACAUUUCCCGCGUCCUGGAAUGUCUCGGCCAGGAGCCAUUAACUAACCCGUAAACCAUCUCUACGCACAGUUAAAUAUACAAAAGUAAGAGGGCAGUAUCCAAUGGGAAGAGUUUGCCAGACACUAAAGUUAAUCGGGGUAGACAAGCUGCACACCAAAAGGGCUAAACACCGAAGAGGCUUGCGUAUGCGUGUAUUUAUUUUUGGCUUCGCUCGCCCCCGCUGUUGGCUGGAAACUAGCGACAAGCAAGUAGACAGCGUUGUACACAAGCAAGUCAACAAGCUGUUAACCGCUUUCUCCUUACUUUAUGUAUUUAUCUAAGUCAAGGAUAACUUCGCGGAGCACCGGUGAACAUUUCUGGACAAUACCUGAUAUUUGUCUACGUGUUUGUUUCACCUGAUUAUCUGGCGUAUGUGACUUUAACGCAUGGAAUAUUAAAGAAAAGACGGGGACCUGGAAAGCGGUCAUUGUAAGCUACAAAGGAAGGAGCAUAAUCAAAGGACCUUCAAAAGCCAUGGAGUCCGGUCAGAGUGGCCAUUUAUUAACAGAGAAGCCUCCCACGGGGAAGAAAAUGAAGGCUCGAGCUCCACCACCACCAAAGCAGCCAGGUUCUUCAUGGACAGAAGAUAUGCCAGGCCACACAGAAGACUCAUCCAGUUUGGUGGAUCAGAGUCCUGCAGACAUGAAAGAAAAUCUGUUGCACAGAACUGUUGAUAUCCUGGUAAAUUUGCCAAAUGGAACAGAAAAGAACACCACUGUAAACGGAAGAAAGGCGGUGCUGGAUCUGCUGGUUGACUUGUGCAGUCAGUAUCACUUAAACCCAACCCAUCACACUCUUGAACUGUACUCUCGGGUGACACAGCAGACACUAAGUUUCAAGCCAAACACUCUCUUUGGAAUGCUAGAUGUGAAUCGCGUGGUGAUCAAAGAGAAAAUACAAGAGGAGAAACUGAGAAGGCCACCUCCAAGUGUACCCGAGAAAUCUGUUAGGCUGGUGGUAAAUUUCCUCAGGACACAAAAGGCAGUAAUCCGAGUUAGUCCUGGCACCCCAGUCUAUCAUCUAAUUCCAGCCAUUUGCGAAAAGUGUGACUUGAAGAAAGAUCAUGUUAUUUUACUGAAAGACAGUAGUGGCAAAGAAGAAUUGGAUAUUUCCAAGUCGUUGAAUGAAUUAGGAUUACGGGAGCUGUAUGCACUGGACACUAGUAGAGUUCUUCAGACUAAAUCCCUUUCCACGCCUUCUGGCCUGAAUUACAGAGAAACUUCUCGAAACUCCUCCAUUAGCAGUGAUUUGACAGACAAAGAAAGGAAAGGACUUACAAGUUUUUUCAAACUGAACAUGAGGAAAAAUAAGGGUUUCUCAACAGCUCCUAGCUCUCCUUCAGCAAAUUCACGGACUAGCACUUUGACAACAUCACGUUCACUUGGGAACAUCUCUCAUGUAUUAGUACAGUCUGAUGUAAAGAAGCGCAGAGCACCUCCACCCCCAUCAUUAACAACUGACCAAUCACAGGACAGAGACCAGAUCACACUGCAUGCAUCACAGAUUGUAUCGGCAGCACUAACUGAAGCACAGCAGAAGAAGAGACGUGCCCCACCACCUCCAUCUCCUACUCCAGAACUUAAAGUAGAAGAGAGAGAAAGCAACCGCCACAGUACCAUUGGUAUUGGACGACAUGUGCCUCAAAAGCCACCAAGAGGUACCACUCGUGACCCACCCCAGUUAACAAUACCCCCACCUCCUCCAUACCCUCCUUCUCUAGAAGGUGAAUUUAUGGAUGUAUCACCAUUUGAAAGUGACAGUUACAUAACAGAAAACAAAGACUGGUCACCCAAAUCUGAACAAAUGAGCAUUCAUGGCAGCUCUCUCGAAAGUAGAGUGGUUGCCAGAACACUUUUGGACAAAGACAAAAUGAUGUCAAGACUGAAAAGAUAUUCUGCAUCAGAAGACAGUACUGAGGACUCUGGCUUUGUAAGUCUGCCAUCAGAAGAUGCUUCUUCCAUUUCACAAAGUGAAAGCCAAAGGCUAAAUGAAGAGCUUGUACUGGAUCAGAUCUCUGUUGAAAUGGACACUGAUGUAACUUACAGAGCAACACUCUGUUCAACAAAUGACCUUUCUUUUUCUAGUGAAGAAGGUGCAUCUCAGUGGGAACUGCAAAACAGGGCACAACAUGAAGAGGACCAUAGAAAUGAAAAAAGGAGAGAGGAUUGUGACCAGUUCAUCACAGCUCAGUUUCAUCAGACACUGCCAGAUCUGGAUGCAGAUUUAGAAGAACAAGGCAUGAAUUACAAAGGAGAUACUAAUCAUCAUCCUGUGAAAGUAAAUGAUGGUCCCUCCUCUAGGAACUUUGAAAGACAGCCUUCAAUUGGUAUGGUGAUUGCCUUUCCAGUAACAGUUGUAGAUGAACCUCCUGAAUUCCACAGUUAUAGCAUAAGCAGGCACGAAAAUAUUUUACAAGCCAAUCCCUCAAACAGACUGCAAGCACAGACAGAUAAAGGUCUUUUGAACAACACAUUUACAAACAAGAAUAAUAAUGCAUGCAAACCCAGUGAUAAACAAGUAGAGAGUGCAGCAUAUUUUCAGUCACCCAUUGCUAACAGAGCCAAUGCUGCAUGCAGUAUCUUUAGUCAGAGCAGAAGAAGAGAUGAGGAGGAAGUUUCUUGUCCAACAGCAGAAGUAGUAAAAUCACACCAACAAGUAUUCAAAGACCCUGACAUUCCUAAUGAAGAGGUAAGCUAUGUCAAGUAUGCACCUCAAAAUACCUCUUCACGAAUCCAGUCCAUUAUGAUGAAGAAUAGUAAUGACAGCAAUACAGAAAGAUUCGGUUUCAGUGAGGAACAUCAUUCUGUAGGAAUGCAGCCUAAUGAAAGCCAGGAGUACAGGUCUCUGAUGGCAAAAGAAAACAAACAUGAAGUGUCUGAUCAGAUGCCAGCAUUAGCCAACUGGCAGACUACAGACAGUAAUAUCUCUAGUUAUGCAGAGAAGCAAGGUAUGAAAACAUUUAAGGUCAUUCCACCAAAGCCUGUAGUGAAGGAUUAUCUGAGAGAAGGAGCUUCCAUCUCAGCAGGUGCCAUAAAGAUAGAUAAUCAGGGCAACUUUAUAAAUCCAGUUAUCGCAGUUAAUAAACAAACUAGCAGUGCUAGUAGCAAUGAAGAGAACACAUGGGCUGGAAGUGUAAAGGUAUCACAGAAUAUGAAAUCUUCGAGGAGGCAUUCUGAGAUCUCUGAUGAUACUGCUCCUGAAGGCUCAGAAUUUACCCUGGAUCAUAAAACAACUCAUAAUCCUUCUUUGAGUGAAAACCAGAGUUCUGCCAAAUUACAUAGCACCUCUAUCCAGCCUGAGGUCUAUGUUAUAAGUAAAAGUAGUUUACCAGUACAUGAAAUAAGGCCAUCAGUGUCCACAGUGCAAAUUCAAAAGAUGAUGCCUAGUGGUCCCUCUGCUACUGCUACUUAUUUUAAACCAGAGCCCUCAUUUCUUAAACCUUCUAAGAAAACAUCAAGUCAAUUCUUGGCCUCCACUCUUGCAAAACACAUUGCUAUCAACAGAGCUAAAGCUGCCAGCAUGGAGAAUCUGACUACAGAAAAAGCGGAAGCUGAUAACAGUAUAAACUUUGACAUAUUACCCAAACCUAAGGACGAUAAUUAUAACACUGAGACAAAACCCAGUACUGAAAAAUUUCAGAAGUCAGCCAUUAAAGAUUACACUACAAAUGUAAAAGCUCAUACCCACACAGAGGUCCAGUCAAGAAGUUUUACACCAUCUAUGGACGGUUCCUUUGUGGAGAAUAGUGUAUCGGCAUUCAGGACUCAAAAAGAAAUAAAACCUGUUAGUUUGUAUAUCAAGCCACAGUCUUCUUAUCAUUUCCCGAAACAAGAUUCUUCUGUAGAGGAGCAGAGUUAUAUGGGAAAACAAAUUAUGUCAGUUAGUGAUCUACCUCUGUCUUCUGCAAACAAAACAGAGAAAAGUAGUGAUUCAAACUUUCAACCUGUUUCUCCAUCUGUAGCACCUUCAUUGCCUUUUAAAUCUGUAGAAAAACAAACUACAUCUACAAGUACCAUACCUUUUUCUGCAUACAAAACUGAGAAAACCAAUGAGUUAAACUUUCAGAAAAUUCCUUCUUCGGUAACAUCAAUGUCUUUUAAAUCUGUAGAAAAACAAAAUACACCCACAAAUACUAUGCCUGGGUUUUCCACAAACAACACUGAGAAAAAUAAUAAUAUAAAUGUUCGGCAAGUUAAUUCAUCUUCAGUACCUUCUUUUUCUUUGAAAUCUGUUGAAAAACAAAAUACAUCCACAAGUACCAUGCGUGUGCUUUCUGCACACAAAACUGAGAAAAAUAAUGAUUUAAAUGCUCUGCCAGUGCCUUCAUCUCUGGCACCCUCCAUGUCUGCUGCAUCUGUGGAAAAACAAAAUAUGUCUGUAGUUAAUGGACCUACAUCUUUUGUGGACAAAAUUGAAAAAUACAGUGAUUUAAACUCUCAGCCAGUUCUUUCUUCUCAAGCACGUUCAUCUGUGGGAAGACGAAAUGCAUCCACCAGUGAAAUAGAUGUGUCUCCUGCAUUCAGCAUUGAGAAAAGUAAUAACGAAUUAAACUUUCAGCCAAUACCUUCUGCACCAUAUACAGUGUUUAGUAAAUCACUAGAAAAACAACAUACAGCUGCAGGUAAUACGCCUGCGCUUUUUUCUCACACAACUGACAAAAGUAAUAGUAUAAGCAUUCAGCCAGUUGCUGCUUCAUUGGCACCUCCUCUGUCUUUUAAAUCUGUAGGAAAACAAAAUAUAUCCAGCAGCACCGUGUCUCUGUCUUCCAUACAAAAUACUGACAAAAGCAUUGACAUCAGCUCUCAGACACUGCCUCCUUCUGCAACACCCACAACAUUUGAUAAAUCUGUAGAAAACCUAAAUACAUCAACAAGUAAUAUACUGGUAUUUUCCACAAAUAAAAAUGAAAAAAGUGAUAAUUUAAAAUUUCAGCCAGUUUCUUCUUCUGCAACCCUUCCAGUAUCUCACAAAUUUUCUGAAUCAUCAUUCAGUUCUUUUAAAUAUUCUUCAAGCUUAUCCCAGGAAAAAGACGCCUCUCAAAGUAAUUUGUAUCAUAGCAAAGGGUCUUCCAUGCAAGUCAGAGGAAGACCAGAAGUGUUGAAGAACACAGAUGAUUCAGAUUCAAGUAACCUGAAUCCAUCAAAUGUUUUGGCACAAUCUGGCAUUUUUGGGCCUGUGAAGAAGUUUAAGCCAGUUGUCCAGAAGCCAUUACAAGCUGAAGUAUGUUUACACAGUGCUCUGAUGGACUCUAUUCGGACUGCAGGAGGAAAAGAGAAACUUAGAAAAAUUGAAAACUUGAAUAAUGGAAGUGAAAAGAAACCAGCUUAUGUGGAGACAGAGAAUGAACACACCGCUCUACUUUCAGCAAUCAGAGCUCAAACUAACAUGCAGAGACUGAAAAAGACAUCUUCUGCUGCCUCAGAAGAACUCCAGAACAUUAGAAAUGCUGAGUGUUCCAAGCCUGACAAUAUGAAUCAUCUGGGAAAACAACUUCCUCCCCACAUUUCACCACCACCUCCUCCUCCUGUAGCUCCACCCCCACAACCUAUUACAUCAUCCACACUUCUGAAAGACAAGAAACAGACUAGCAUCCGUGCAGCUGAACCAGUAGAUGCUCGACAAGCCUUAAUGGAUGCCAUUCGUUCAGGCACUGGGGCUGCAAAAUUAAAGAAGGUGACGACAUCUUCAAAUACUGCUCCCUUCCUUGGUGUUGUGAAAUCAGACGAGAGUUCAUCAUACUGAAAUGAAUUUGUUGGUGACAAGACCACAUCAAACUUUUACUGAGGAAUGAAUUCACAUAGAACUAUAGACCAAAUACGUUCUAGUUAUUUCUCUUAUUUUCUGAGGCCUUUGUUCUUGGGAGAAUAUGUGAAGGUUCUUUGCCAAGAAAAUGUUUGCUUCUGAUUAUUCAAGGUUGCCAUGACAUAAAGGGGAUUUCCCUCAGUUAGCAAUACCGUCACCACACCAACCCCUCUAUUAUUCAAGCAAACUAAUUUCUUAAAGUGUCGCAUGAUAUUUUUGGCAGUUUUACGUUAAUUUUGUUACAACAUAUUUUGAGGGGUGAGGGUUCAGACUUCUGAAUAAUUUGUUGUUUCUUAGGAGCACAAAUGAGUGACAUUUAGACAAUAGCUCUGAACUUCUAAGACCUUGUGGGAUGCUUAUGCUUUCAGUAUUAUGUACACUUUCUGGUGAACAUCUUCAUUCGAUAAGAUUCCCUCCACGACAUGCAAAAUACUGAAACAUUUAAACAGUGACAUUAAUCCAGAAAAGUAUGUGAAAGAGUAAACUGAGCAGUAAAAUACUUCACCUAUGAGAGAGAGAGAGAGAGAGAGUUUCUGAGUAAUUCAUAAAGCUAGUUGUGGCUGUUAUUUACCCAUUGUCAAGCCCAAAAAUGAGCAUUAAAAUGGCUUGACAAAAAUGUGUUUAUAUUUUUACUGCAUAGAAGGUAGAUAGUAAAUGCAGCUCACUAGUUAGGGACAGGGAGAGACAGUUUUACUUCUUAUAACUGACAUCUCUGGCUUGGAACUGAGCUCAAAAUACUGAAGGUUUGAAGAUGAAGUAGGGAAGAAUUUCAUAAUGAUAAAGUCUUCCUUUGGUUGAGGGGGAUGUUGCAUCUUGUUCAUUUUUAUCGUAUACCCUGGAUUGUAAAGUUAGGUGUAAAUUCACAAUUUCUUUUAGGCAAUGCAUUGAUAAUUGCAAGUUUAAAUGCUCUUAUGGGUUCCAGUAAAAAAAUAGCCACAGGGAUGGGAUGGGCGAAGUCAUAUAGUUUGCACAGUUUAAACAGAGGAGAAGUAAGCAAAGCUGUUAGCAAACGUCCUAAAAAAAGGGUUGUGCCAGCCAGUGCCUGAAACAGUGUACUGUUUGAAGGUGAAAAUAGGUUGUUUACAAGGAAUACAGUGUUUCUUUUAAACGAAAUAUCUAAGAAUAUUGCUCCAAUAGAAAACAGAAUGUCUCUAGUCUGGACACGUUCUGUUUUCUUUUGGAAUGGAAGCUCUAACUGGUCAUUGAUUUCUUGCACCAUUCAUUUUAAAACUAGGACUACAUUCCUGGUAAAGAGCAUGUCUGUCUUCAUUGCUUUGGUUUGUUCUUUGCAGUGUCAUUGCAUUCAUAAUUUCUACAUUAUAUCAAACACAUGCUAUUUAUUUAUGAUUGUUCUGGAGUGAAACAAGCCUGUCUAAUAUUGACCACUCUGGGGUUUAAAAAAAACAAUCCAUUCUUCGUUUUUAGUAGUGUACUGCUCUCUGCAAUGUAAUGAUGCAGUAAAUGUAGAUGAAAAAUGUGGAACUGUGGUCUAAGAUUAAUGUGAACAUCCAUCUUUAUAGAUACUGUUAUUUAUGUUUGAAUCUUUUACCAGUCAUGCAUCUUUUUUUCACUAGUGCAUAUGCCUUCUUUUUGCAUGUCUUAUUCCCGUAUGUACUUUUUCCACUUGUACGUUUAUUAUUUUACCUCAGAAAAUGUAUGCUUUUAUCUGCAAAAUUAUUAUGAAUGUACCAUUUGUCAUAAGCUCCCACAAAUCAAUGUAUCAAAAGUACCAGAUUCAUCAAAAAGGGGUUGUUUUGAUAACAGGCAUGAUAUUUAUUACCAUAUCAUUUGAGUUACUGCAAACUACAAUAUGCAGAAGUGAAAACAUUCAGGGAAAUUUCAGUGCGAGAUUUUAUUAGGUCCAGCAUCCUGUAUUUGUGAGGCAUUAUAUUAUAGCUCUAUAAAUAAGUCACUUUUUAAAAACUUAAGCAAUCGCCUAAUGUGGAAGCAAAUUUUACAGAUUUCGGUGUAUAAUAUUUGAAAGUGCUCAUAAAUGUGAAUUUUAAGAGCACUGAAUUUGUAAGUAAUUCAUUCAGGCUCAAGACUUUUUGUAGCUAAUAAUGUAACAAAACAUAUGAGUAAUGUUAUGAGUUAAUGGUAUCUGUGCGCUCUUAAACCGUUCUGGAGCUGCUAUUUAGUAUGUCAAACUGUGUCAUAAAAUCUUGAGCAGAGCACCUUAUGGUUCAUGAUAGGUCUGUAAAUUCGUAUUGUAGUAAUGAUUGGUUUCUGUGUAACACAGUUGUUUUUGCCAGUAUUUCCAGCAAUGGUUAUAACACUCUUAACUGUAAAUAAAAAUAUAUAUUUGGGGAGUGCAUUUUUAUAAAAUCUGUUAAUUUAAGUGUGGGUAAUAAUUUCUGGGUUUAUUCAUUUUUAUACAUAUCUGUAUAUAUUCUUAUACAUACAUGUACAUACUGAAAAUGUAUUGGUGUUAAGAAGUUUGAAUAUCUAUUUUUGACCAGUACGGAUAUUGGCAAUCUCAUGACAUUUUAAUGGUAUGGAUCAAUUUAUAUAGCCAAGCAACCUUUGUUAACAAUAUUUUUAAUGUGUAGUGCCACAUAUUAAAUUCUUUAUGAACAAUAAAACAAACUGAAUUAUUU